AUGCCCGUUCCCCAGAGCCCGGAGUGGAUGGCGCGGCUGAAGAAGGGCGUCGCUCCGAGGGCCGCCUCCCAACCCCCCGCGGCCAAGCCGGGAGGACGGGACGCGGCGGACGACAAGGGGGUCGGAGCCACCUCCCAUCCCCCCCCGAGGAUCCCAGCCCAGCACAAAUGGCCGCUGCUCAACGACGCGGCCGCUCCGGCGCUCCCCGCUGCAGGCGCGGCCGCCGCCGGUGGGAUCCGGGGCUCGGGGCAAACUCCGCGCAGGAAGCCGCUGCCGCACGCCGCGGUGCUGGGAGCGAGGCCGGCAAAACCCCGGCGGCCUCCGGGGGUGGAUCUGGAGAAGUUCCAUAGGGCUGCAGCCCCCGGGGAGCCCGGCCGCACUGCUGUGGGGUCGCGGAGUGCUGUGCUGGGUUACCCAGCGCCGUUCCCACCGCGGGAUGCUCUGAGCACAGCAGGAGGUGAGGAGGAGAUUUAUGACGACGUCGAGAGCGUUGAGCUGCUCAGGAGAGACCGAAGCUUUCCGCCGCCCCCCACGUUCGGGCCGCCAGCACAUCUCCACCCCAGAGGAGGUGGGGGCAGAAGGGGGGGAGGUGCUGCUCGCGCCCCCAGUACGGUUGCGCUGCUGGUUGCUGCACAAAGAGGAGCUCAGAGCUCCCGAAAGGUGAAGCCGAUGACACUCAAGGAAUGCAAGAAGGAAGAGAAAGCGGACAGGGAGUUUCAAAAGAAGUUCAAGUUCGAAGGGAACAUCGCCGUCCUGACGCAGAUGAUGGUCGACCCUGCGACGACGGAGAAGAGGGGCGGGGGGAAGAACCUUCCGCUCCGACGGGGCGAGAUCCUGGACGUCAUUCAGUUCACCAACAAGGAGCAGAUCCUUUGCAGGAACAGCCAGCGGAGGUAUGGUUACGUGCCCCGGGCUGUGAUGCUGCACCUGGACAGAGACAUCUACGACGACGUUGAUCUGUACGAAUGACCUGGAGCACCACCAGACCCCAAAGGCUGAAGCUCCGAUGCUGGAGGGGCUGCGAGGGUCGGCCCUGCAGAGCAGAGGUUUGGGAAGGUCCUUCGGACGGAGCCCCGCGGCGCUUUGUUUGAUUUGUGUGAAACGUGGCACUGAUCUGUGUGGUGCAUCUGUGGUUUUUGAUUGGUUUUCUU